UAGUGGUAGUGCCCGAGCGUUUUUAGGGUCAAUCGGACGUUUUAACGUAUUGCACUACUCAGUGCUAUCGUGUUUUUAGUCUUGCGAGGAUUUGAGUGAAAGCGCUCAGCAACCACCGUAGUGUUUGUUCUUUUUCUUGGAAGGCCGGAGUAACAGACAAAUCCAUCCACCAUGGACGCGAUUAAGAAGAAGAUGCAGGCGAUGAAGCUGGAGAAGGAUAAUGCCGCCGACAAAGCCGAUACCUGCGAGAACCAGGCCAAGGAGGCCAACCUCCGUGCCGACAAGAUCAUGGAGGAGGUCGCUGAGCUGACCAAGCGUCUGACCCAGGUCACCGAGGAUCACGAAAAGUUCAAGAACACCCUGGAGCAGGCCAACAAGGACCUCGAGGAGAAGGAGAAGAACCUGACCUCCACCGAGGCCAACGUUGCUUCUCUGACCCGCAAGGUCCAACAGGUUGAAGAGGAUCUGGAAAAGUCUGAGGAACGCUCGGGCGCUGCUCUGUCCAAGCUGCUGGAAGCCACCCAGUCCGCUGAUGAGAACAACCGUAUGUGCAAGGUAUUGGAGAACCGUUCCCAGCAGGAUGAAGAACGUAUGGAUCAGCUGAGCAACCAGCUGAAGGAAGCCCGUAUGCUCGCUGAAGAUGCUGACGGCAAAUCUGAUGAAGUGUCCCGCAAGCUGGCCUUCGUUGAAGAUGAGCUGGAAGUCGCUGAAGAUCGUGUCAAGUCCGGUGAGGCCAAGAUCAUGGAGUUGGAAGAAGAGUUGAAGGUUGUCGGUAACUCGCUCAAGUCUCUGGAGGUCUCGGAAGACAAGGCCAACCAGAGAGUCGAGGAAUUCAAGCGCCAGCUGAAGUCCCUCACCAUCAAGCUGAAGGAGGCCGAAACUCGUGCCGAGAACGCCGAGAAGAACGUCAAGAAGCUCCAGAAGGAAGUCGACAGACUAGAAGACGAAUUGGGCGUCAACAAGGACAGAUACAAGUCCCUGGCCGACGAGAUGGAUUCCACCUUCGCCGAGCUGGCCGGCUACUAGGAGACAUAAACGUUUCUACGUACUGCUUAAUCUAUAUAAACAACUACUUGUAUCAUAUAUUUGAAAUACUUACACUUACAUCCAACGGUUUGAUUUAGAACUUUUCCUCGUGGUCCCACUGUGAGCAAGUUAGAAGCAAGUCAGUGUUUUCAAAUGCACUAAACGAUUGCACCACCACCACCUUAAGUUAUCGUAGGUAGCAGCGAACGAAGAACAACAGAGAGAAAAUGAAACUAACGCUCCGAAACUCCUCUUCUGAAAUUAACCGACAUCAGAACAUCCGAUCAUAUUUUAUUUUUUUGUUAAAAAAGCAAGCAGCUUAGAAAUUCAUGUUUUAUCAUAGGCAAAUAUUAGGAGAUAAUUUACUAGAUCAUUUGAUUAGUGAGUAAGAGAUCAUCAUUCUUUCUAAUUAAGAUUAAACAGAACCGUAUUGUUGUUGUUGUAGCCAGAACCAAAAAUUCAUGGUCAAAAGCGAAAGGUAAAAUUGAGAACCAUUUAGUAUAGGUUAUAUUGUAACAAACAUAAGUUUUAGCACCCUACUGUUGGAAGAUUUGUCUAGGAAAAUAUAUACAACUGACGGAGCCAGAAACGGAAACAAUCAAGCAAAAAUCCAGAAAAGUGUUGGUGUUGAGUAACGUGCUGGAACACCACAGCCAAUCGUCGAAACUCAUAACGGAAGUCAUGUAUUAUUUCUAUCUUUUAAUAAAAAAAAAAUGUUAAAA